CUGCCUGCCUGCGUUGUUGCUGUUUGUGCAGACGCGAAAUACAACAUUGAAUAUAAAAUUCUGCAAUCGUGAUUCACGUGUAGUGCUAUUAUUAAAACGAAAAUGUUGGAUAGAAGCGCGAUGAUGAGACACGCGAGGUGCUGUUGUCUCCCCGUAGAGACGGCCACCUUCAUUUUUGCAGUAUUUAGCUCUGUUAUAUCCGGCUUCGGAACUGUGGUGUUCGCCACGGCCAACACCUGGUUCGGCGCCGUCACGGGAGACGAGACCCUCAACCAGUUCUGGGACCGCGACCCGGAGACCAUCCGCAUGUCGAUGGGCGACCGGGUCUACAACCAGCGGCUGAUGGACUACACGGCGGCGAUGGCGGCCAUGCUGUUCUUCUUCGUCUGCUGUGUGGUCUCCUUCAUCUUCUCUGUGUUCCUGUGCUAUGGGACUAACAAGAGGCGCCCAGGUUUCGUGAAGGCUUACCUGGUGUACGGCGUGGUGGUGACCAUCCUCAUGAUGGCUGGAGCUGUCCUGUACUCCUGGCUCAUGGAGGAGAUUAUUGUGGGUUCCAUCAUCCUGAUAGCUUGCGGUAAGUGAUCUGGAUGUCUUCACACUUAG